AUGGUGAAAAAUAAUUUGAUAAUCUUUUUUUUUUACCUCGUGAAUGUUAUAUAUUCAUAUACUUUGCCUGGUAUAGAUUCAUUAUCUGUUCAACAUGACUUAUGGAAACGUGGUAAUUUGAUUGAUUCGGUUUAUGAUAAUUUAGAUGAUCCAGAAACUGAUUUCAUUAAUGUACAUUUAAAAAAUUUAACAAAUUUUAAUGGUACUGAAUGUGAUACAUGUAAAUUUAGAAUUAAAUAUGGUCAAAAAUUAUUAGAAGAAGAACCUGAAAAUUCACAUUUAGUUAGUUUAUUAUUAUUUAAGUAUUGUUUAGUUUCAAAUAAUAAUAGUGAAUCAAAAUGUGAUAAUAAUGAUUUCUUUGUUACUACAAAUUCGCAAAAUUUUGAGAAUUUUGAUGAAGAUUAUGAUUCAGGUGUUACUAGUGGUACUAGUGUUAAUUUUUAUGAUAAUGAUUUUUUACAUUUAUUAAGAAAUUUUAAUACUUCAAGCGAUUUAGAUUUAGAAUAUUAUUGUUUCUUUAGAGGUAAAUCAGCUUGUAAAUUACCUGAAACUAAAGAUGUUGAUGAAUUUUAUGGUAUUCAAAAUUGGUGGCCUGAAAAAAACCCACUAUAUGAAAAAGAACCAAUUUAUACUAAAAAUAAUGAAACUUUUAAUGUUUUACAUGUUACUGAUUUUCAUAUUCAAUUAAGAUAUACCCUUGGUGCAGAAGCAAAUUGUACUUCAACUCCUUGUGCUUUACCAGAAUCUUAUAAUAAACAAUUGCCAAAUCAAACUUAUAAUUUUACAAAUUAUUACAAAACUUUUAAUCCAAAUAUAACUGAUAUUGAUUUAUCAUUUUAUCCAGAUGCGCAUUAUACUUCAAAUAAUACUUAUGUUAAAGGUUCAUAUUAUGAUUUUCCAAAAUUUAGAGGUUGGAAUUUUAAAAAUGUACCUGCAUCAACCUUUGGUGCUUAUUUAGCUGAUUCACCAGAAGUUUUAAUGAAUAAUUCUUUAUUAACUAUUCAACAAGCAAAUAAAGAUAAAAAAUUUGAAUUUGUUGUAUUUACAGGUGAUUUAGUUGAUCAUGACGUUAUUCAUUGUUCACCAAAUGUCACAAAAGAAGCAGAAAUUAAAUCAUUUAAAUUAAUGAAACAUUUUCUUGGUGAUAUUCCAGUUUUACCAAGUUUAGGAAAUCAUGAUACUUUUCCCUACGGUCAACUUUCACCAUUACAAUAUGAUUUUAAUAAUUCAUAUCAUUGGAAUGAAGAAUUAAUGGCAAAUCUUUGGAUUCAAAAUGGUUGGUUCAAUGAAACUUCAAGAUCAGAAAUUAAAGAACAUUAUGCUGGUUUUUCAUAUGUUACUAAUCGUGGAUUAAAAGUUAUUGGAUUAAAUUCAAAUUGUUAUUAUCAAAAAAAUUUAUGGUCGUAUAUUAAUUUAUCAACAGAACCUGAUUUAUUCGGUCAAUGGAAAUUUUUAGUUGAUGAAUUAGUUGAAAGUGAAAGUAAAGGUCAAAGAGUUUGGAUUAUGGCUCAUAUUCCAGUUACUGAUUAUGAUACAUUACCUUUACAAUCACAUAUUUUUGGUAAAAUUGUUGAAAGAUUUUCGCCAUAUACAAUUGCUCUGAUUUUUUAUGGUCAUACUCAUCAAGAUCAAUUUCAUAUUUUAUAUGCAUCAAAUUCUUCACAAGAUGCAAAAGAUAUUAUUAACAUGUCUUGGGUUGCUCAAUCAGUUACACCAUUGACUAAUUAUAAUCCAAGUUGGAGAUAUUACGAAGUUGAAAAUGAAAGUUUUAAUAUUAGAAAUGCUUAUAAUUAUUAUACUCAUUUAAAUGAAACUUUUGUAAAUGGUGGUGAUGAACCAAUUUGGCAAUUUGAAUAUUCUGUUAGAGAUUUAUAUGAUCCAGAAGGUACAUGGCCAAAAAAUGCUCCUUUAAAUGGUACAUUCUGGCAUUAUAAUGUAUUGCAAAACUUGAAAAAUGAAUCAAAUAUUGAAUUUAAUCAAUUGUUUGCGAAUAUGCAAUAUAGAUACGGUCCAGGUACACCAAAAUGUAAAAAUGGAACUGUUAUAUCAGAUGAUUGUUAUGAUGGUAAUUACUGUGUCAUGGGUAAUUUCUAUUCGGAUGAUUAUCAAAAAUGUUUAAGAUCAGAUGAUUAG